CGGCGUGGCUGCAGCGCGGCGGGGAGGGCCGCGCCGGUCGCCUUCUGCAGCCGCGUCUCCGUCAGUUCCCGUCGCCGUCACUGGGGCGCCGUGCGGCUCCAGUCCGGGGCGGAAGCUGCGGCCGUCGCGGCGGCCGGAUCCGCGUCCCGCCUCAGCGCCCGGAGGACAUGCGGGAGAGAGAAUGAGCCAGAGGGACACGCUGGUGCAUCUGUUUGCCGGAGGAUGUGGUGGUACGGUGGGAGCUAUUCUGACAUGUCCACUGGAAGUUGUAAAAACACGGCUGCAGUCAUCUUCUGUGACACUUUAUAUCUCUGAAGUUCAGCUGAACACCAUGGCUGGAGCCAGUGUCAAUCGAGUAGUGUCUCCUGGACCUCUCCAUUGUCUAAAGGUGAUCUUGGAAAAAGAAGGGCCUCGUUCCCUGUUUAGAGGAUUAGGCCCCAAUUUAGUGGGGGUGGCCCCUUCCAGAGCAAUAUACUUUGCUGCUUAUUCAAACUGCAAGGAAAAGUUGAAUGGUUUAUUUGAUCCUGAUUCUACCCAGGUACACAUGAUUUCAGCUGCAAUGGCAGGUUUUACCGCAAUCACAGCGACCAACCCCAUUUGGCUUAUAAAGACUCGGUUACAGCUUGAUGCAAGGAACCGUGGGGAAAGGCGAAUGGGCGCUUUUGAGUGUGUCCGUAAAGUGUAUCAGACAGAUGGACUUAGAGGAUUUUAUAGGGGCAUGUCUGCUUCAUAUGCUGGCAUAUCCGAGACUGUUAUCCAUUUUGUUAUUUAUGAAAGUAUUAAGCAAAAACUACUGGAAUAUAAGAUUGCUUCUACAAUGGAAAAUGAAGAAGAGUCUGUAAAAGAAGCAUCAGAUUUUGUGGGAAUGAUGCUAGCUGCUGCCACCUCAAAAACGUGUGCCACAACUAUAGCAUAUCCACAUGAAGUUGUAAGAACAAGACUGCGUGAGGAGGGAACAAAAUAUAGAUCCUUUUUUCAGACACUGUCUUUGCUUGUUCAAGAAGAAGGCUAUGGGUCUCUUUACCGUGGUCUGACAACUCAUCUGGUGAGACAGAUUCCAAACACAGCCAUUAUGAUGGCCACCUAUGAAUUAGUGGUCUACCUGCUCAACGGAUAGCACCACCAGGCUGCUGUACUUAUAAAGAGGGAAGACCAAAAGAUACAGUGGACCAUGGAGUACCGAAGCCAGCUUGGUGGACAGAAGGAAAAUAGUGUGGGAACAUGGAACUAUACCUAAGUGGAAGUUUGGUUGUAGGAAUUAAAGUAAUCAUAACCACGUUACUUAGUCUUUCUAGUAAUGUGAAAAAAAACCUUGGCUGCCUC